CGGCACUUGGGAUUGAUAUCAGUUACGAAAUUUUUUGUUAAACAUUUUCAACUACUCUAUUUCCCAAGGCCCCGUGUGUAUCUCAAUACACGCAAAAAGGGACACCACCUUUUUUUUUUUUAUCUUUUUUUUCUUGAAGGUCAAGGGGACAGACAUACUUCCCCUCAAAUAGAAUCCAAUGGUCUCCAUGGUUGAGACCUCCAAUCCCAAUCCAAAUGACACCGCCAUGGAUACGGUUGUCCCUAAAACUGAACCCGCUGUACUUGAGGGAUCCAUCAGUUCAGUGGUAUCAACCCCCGAGGCUGAAGGCGAGAUCUUGACGCAAGAUGUAGCCCAGACGCAGAAACGAAAGGGUGGAAGAAAACCUAUCUAUGCAACCUCUGAGGAACGGAAGCAACGCAACCGUCAGGCCCAGGCUGCCUUCCGUGAACGUCGCACCGAGUACAUCCGUCAGCUCGAGUCCACUAUCAAGCGCAAUGAAGAGUCCCUGCAGACCUUGCAACAGAACCAUCGCACCGCCGCUGAUGAGUGUCUGAUGCUGCGAUAUAAGAAUUCCCUGUUGGAACGCAUCUUACUUGAGAAAGGGAUUGAUGUCCAAGCAGAACUACGCUUGAAGGCCGGCGCUCCAGGCCCGAAGCCCAACCCCAUGGCGGGGAAACCCCCAUCAUCCUUGGAGCGCGCAGCGUUGAACCGAAAUUCUGCCCAGAGGCAUCCCACUGGAAUCGCGCCGAAAGGAGAGCCUUUUGGAAUGCCGCAGCCCCGUGACGGAGCGUACGGCAUCCCAUCUCCCCAGUUUCAGGCCACGCCUCCGUCUCACGUCUCGUCGCCGUCCCAUGCCAAGUCGCCCGGGUUUGCUUUCCAAGGAGCCAUGUCUCCAGCUGGAGUCGACCCUCAGCAGGCGGCACAACACUCGCGCCUGUCGCACUCGAGGAAUCUCAGCCAAACAUCGCCUCCCAUGAGCGUCGCCCAGUCCGAUACCACCGACCCGAAGUCUGCUCUGCCGGGCGGUGCCGGCCCCAGAGGACCCCGUGUUGCUUCGGCAUAUUACCCGUCGCCAUUCCAAAAGCACUAUGAUCAGCUUGAACAAGAGUAUGACGCUCAGGCCGACCUAAUCGAUGAGGAGCAUGAGUCAUCUGUGGGUGCCUCGCCGUACGUGUCUGGCUUUAACGCUGCCGCAUCGGUUCCUGGCUCUCACUCGAUGGGCCACCAUAGUCUUCCGCAAUUCAAUCCACAUUCGGGAGAAGGAUCCAAUGGAGCAUAUAACAACACGAACCAGCUCUUGGGAAACUAUGAGCCCAUGCUCGAUGCAGAUCCCUUUGGCUUGAGUGCGAGCAUGCACUUCCAGACCCCUUUCAGCUACGAACAAAAUAAUACCCGUCACUAAACACCACUUUCCGUCUCUACUCUCGGUCCACUACUUCGGCUACCCCGU